UAAUUACCCCGGCUUAAAAAACGCGCCAAUCGACAUUUCUUUUUUCUUUUUGCAACAUUGAUAAACGAUUGUUACUACGUAGCGGAUUAUAAAAGACUUUACUAUCGAGAAAUAAAUCGCGUAUAAAUUUCGUUAAUACUCGAGAUUAACUUUUCGAAUGAUAUCAUUAUAACAUUUAACGAUACGAAUUGUACGUAAUUUGCGAUUUUUCGUCGAUUGGAAUUCGUCGCGACACAUAGUGAUGCUGCGCGUAUAACUGUGUUUAGUGCGCGUAUAUAUGUAUGUUGUGUCGCGUGUGUGUGUGUUUUUUUUUAUGUGUGUAUACGCGUGUUUGAAACAGUGUCUUUCAUUAUAUUUCCCAGUCAUUUAUCAUCGUUCUUUUCAAUGAUGGAUACAAGCUGAACGAAUAUUCAUUUAUCCGUUGGAUUCUUCCUUCGGAAAUAACUACUUUCAAAGGGCAUGUAUGGCUGGUGCAUGAGUGGAAUGGCAGAAAAGUUACGUGAAGCUUGCGUACGCGGCGAGGCCGAACGUGUUGCACGUUUUCUCGGCGAGGGAAUAAAACCAUUGCCAGAUGAGAAUGGAAGAAGUCCUUUGCUAUUGGCUGCAGCACUCGGACAUACCGACGUUUGCAACGCCCUUCUGCUUCGUGAAACUGAAGUUAAUGUUGCUGACUCGGGCGGCGUGACUCCUCUACAAAGGGCAGCUGCCGAAGGCCACUUGGAGGUGGUUGAGCUACUCCUCAAGCAUGGGGCAGACGUCGCACGGCAAGAUACGCUUCAUGGAAACUCGGCCUUGCACGAAGCCUCCUGGCGAGGAUACAGCAGGACUGUUGCUGCUUUGGCAAAAGCCCUCGGGACUCAACGCGCACCUUUGCACGCGAGGAAUUUAGCUGGAUUUGCGCCGCUUCACCUCGCUUGUCAAAAUGGCCAUAACCAAAGCUGUCGAGAACUUCUUCUUGCUGGAUGUAAUCCCGAUCUUCAGAACAAUUACGGAGAUACCCCACUUCAUACAUCCGCACGAUAUGGUCACGCAGGUGUUACGCGUAUCUUAAUUUCAGCACUUUGCAGAGUCUCUGAACAAAAUAAAAACGGUGACACGGCACUUCACAUCGCAGCAGCUAUGGGACGUAGAAAAUUGACGAGGAUACUUCUCGAAGCCGGUUGCGACAGGACGUUGAGAAACAAGCAGGGCGAAACGGCGAAGGAUAUAGCUCGUCGCAAAAACCUGACAGAGAUACUCGAGAUAAUCGGUAAAGCAAGGAGCAAGAGUAGAGCCCGUAGCAAGAGUCGCGACGAGGAAUCGUGUAACAACGACAAGGUCGACGUAGCUAAUUGCGAUAGAAACGAGAAGAAACGGGAGAAAACUGGUAGCGGUACAAGUGGUAGUAGGGAUGGUUGUAUAAUUAAAAAGGAAAAGAAGAAACACAAGGGUGGUAGUUCAGGUAGUGGUGGAAAAACUCAUAGAGUACAUUUCGAGAAAGCUGUGAUGGGAAGACAAUGGUCGCCUUAUGGUUGCCAUUAUUACCCGGAUCCGGACGCUUUUCCACAACCAAGAUUAGAUUCCUUGCCACCUGAUCCUUUAGGAAGGGGUGAACAAUAUUAUUUGGACUUGGCUGGUAAUAUAAGAAAGGGUCCGGUUGGUGUUGGCUAUACUUGUUAUUGUGCACCCUUCUUCAGGCAUAUGGAAGCUAAAUUAGAACGAGAUAAAGCUGAAUUAAAAGCUCAUAUAGAUCAAGCUCAUGAAAGAUUGGAUUUGAAAGUGGCUAAUCUUGAGAGAAGAACUCGCGGACAGAUUUCUGAGCUUACACGUUGCGUGGCAGCCGAAAGAGCACGUUGCGAUGAAAGACAUCAACAUCUUCAGCAGAGAUUGUCACGCGGCGGUAGAGGUAGACACAGCGAGAGACCAGCGAGAACGUCUAACGUUGACGAUCAAAUUCCUCCUACUCGUGCUAGAUCUCUCGAGGAUUUGCUCGAUGACAGACCACAGGAUAGAAGCUUUGAAAUACCUGGAGAGACUCCUGUUUAUCGUGGUAGUCUCGAUGAUCUGGAUAUUCCUGCUAUUCCUAGACUGAGCAAAUCGAUGAAGGAUCUUCCUUCGGGAUCUGGUAUGGCAAGGUCAACCUUGAGAGUUCUUGAUGUUCCAGCAAGAUUGAACGAGACUUUCGAUGGUGUUAUCAGACAAGAUCGUAGCUCACCUCUUGGUGCAGCUUCUUCACCGUCUAUGGGUUCCAGACAACAGACUCGUCGACAACGGGCGUCAUUAUCGCAGGAACAAAGUGCGAAUAUUAGCCAGGAAGACAAUAACACGGUUCGUAAAAAUAGCGAAGAAAAUUCAGGCGAAUGGAGAUCUUCGCCGAGUCGUCGUAGCGUUCACGAGAUGAUCAAAAGAUUUCAACAAGUACCGGGCAUGCAUAAUGGCUGGCGUGGACAACGUUCUGGUAGUAGCGAACCUACCAGCCCAGAACAUAGUCAAUGUUCUCAAAACAAAAGGAUUCAACCGCAGGGUGGUGUAGGGAACACCUGGCACGGUGAAGGUAACAACAGUGAAAGUAGCGAAGGAGAGGAUGACAUGGAGCAACCAGAAGCCCUUAAAGGAAAUGUUUCGAACAAAGGAGUUAUACAAGAAGAUGUUCAUUACGACAGCAUCGCAAGGAUGCCUUACAGAUCGCGUAGUGCCGUGUAUAGUCCUACUCCACUCUUACACGAUGCUCACAAUGAUUCUGGAUAUAGUACGCGUAUGUACGGUUCGAGUAAAGGUGCUUCGCCUUCUCUCUCAGGACAAUUAGAAUGCGAUGUUAUUCUACCACCUUCGCAAGGAGGAACAUUCCCAAGUGGAGAACAGUUGGCUGCUUUAUUGGAACAACCAAGAGGACAUGACUUGACCGUAUAUGAAAGAGGCGCAGACAACGUUGUCAUUAAUAUAGGAACGGCGAGUCUCGUUUAACUUUUUAUUUUAGUUUUUUAUUUUUUCAAUUUUUCGUUUUAAGACUUAUCAAAUGUGAACGUGGAAUUUCCAAAGAUGACGCAAGAUCGAGCUCGCUCGUAAUUUUGUGAACUGUCAUUAGCGAAAGUUUAAUUAUACGCUACGUUCUGUUUCUUUAUAUAGACUUGUUCACGUACCUUUCAUUAUUUUUUUAUACGUUGUUCAAUAACGUGCUGAUAUUGUAGUAUAACACCGAUUAUAAACGAUUUCUUUA